ACUGUCGCAAACGGGCUCUCACGGUUCCUUACGAUGCUUGCGUGGACUUCAGAAGCCGUCAAGUCUGUACACAUGUCCAGAAUGGAGGCCAAACCAAGGAAAAAGUCAUUCACGCCUAGAGACGGGAAGAAACCAUCAUUCAAAGGAAAACCACCAUUCAAACCUCACAACACAGGCAAAAGCAAGAGUUGUAAAAAAUCAGGUGGAGAUGGAGGGCCGCAGAAAUUCAACAGAAAAGCAGCAGAUGGAAAGUUCACAAAGAAGAGAAAACACCCGGGAAGCAAAAAAGAUGAAGGCUCUGAAGGGAAGAAACCUAAAUGGGAUGAAUUCAAACAAAAAAAGAAAGAGUUGAAGCAGAAUCGCCAGCAGAAUGAGAAAAACGAGAGUUACCAGAUUGUAAGCAGAGCAAAGCAAGUGUGGGAAAUUGUAAGGCGGAAGGACUGUGACAAGCAAAAAAGGACCAGACUGAUGAAAGAACUACAGAGACUUGUGAAGGGAAAUAUUAAAACAAUUGCCUUUGCUCAUGAUUCCACCCGAGUGCUUCAGUGCUUUAUUCAGUUUGGCAGUGAUGAGCAGAGACAGGAGGUCUUCGAUGAACUCAAAGAGCACCUUGUGGAGUUGAGUAAAUCGAAAUAUGCAAGAAACAUUGUGAAAAAGUUUCUAAUGUAUGGGAGUAAACAGCAGGUGGGGGCAGUGAUGUCGGCUUUUAAGGGGAACGUCAGGCAGAUGCUCAGGCACUCCGAGGCGUCUUCAGUAGUCGAGUACGCUUACAACAACAAGGCCGUCCUGUCCCAGAGACUCAUGCUCACCGAGGAGCUCUACGGAAACACAUUCCAAGUCUGCAAGUCCUCAGUUUGUCCAACGUUAAACAAGGUCUUGAAAGCAAAUCCAGAGAAAUUCGAGAGCAUCAUGGAUGAAAUUAAGCAGAUCCUCACACCAAUGGCACAGAAAAUAUGCAUAAAUGCUACAAGAUUUGCAAUGGGUGAAUUUGCUCAUCUUGUACUGUUGGCUGCAUUUGAUUGCAUCGAUGACACCAAGUUGGUUAAACAAAUUAUCAUCUCAGAAAUGGUUCGUUCCCUAUCUGAAAUAAUCAGCAAUAAAUAUGGUAAAAAGGUGCUGCUUUACCUGCUGAGCCCAAGAAACCCAGCCCAUCUCUUAGCUGAGAUCAUUCAAGUGCUUGAGAAAGGUGACGGCAAUGCACACAGUAAGAAGGAUGUCGCGAUCAGGAGGACGGAGCUGCUGGAGGCCGUGUCUCCUCCUCUGCUGAAGUACUUGUGUAAGAACGCUCAGUCUAUGGUCAUGGAUAAAGCGUGUAGCGUGGCUGUGAGGGACCUCCUGGGCACCGCCAUCGGAGAUCUCAGACCUGCCAUGGAGGCUGUGGCGGCUCAGGCAGCCGAACCCCUCAUACCGGGAGGAGAAGAUGGCGAGCUUCAUAUGGCAGAACACCCCGCUGGUCAUCUGGUGUUGAAAUGGUUGAUUGAGCAGGAUGCUAAGAUGAAGGAGGCAGAGAGAGAAGAGCGUUUUUCCAGGAUUCUUCUGGAGAAGGUGGGGUUGGAGAACCUCAAGACGUGGGCUUCAGUCAACCGUGGUGCCAUUGUUCUUUGUUGCCUUCUCCAGAGUGCAGAUGAAAGUGUUGCUGAAGAAGUGGAAGUUAUGCUGAAAUCCAUCUUUCCUGAACUACAGAAGAUCCAGAACUCGAAAGGAGUUGAGGUUCUGCUUGAAAAACUGGCCUGAUCUGCCAAAUCAGUUGUUUUGUUAGUUUUUUCAUUUUUAAUUGUGAAUUUAUAUGUUGAUGUAUGUAAAUACAAAACACACAAAAAUUGUUUAUUUUAUUAUUAUUUUUCUUUUUAAUCUCAUGAAACCAAUCAAGAACAUGUCUAUACAGGUUAUAUUUCACCCCAAAAAUCAAUGGAAACAUUUUCAUGAAAAUUAAGCAAAUGAUGCUAUAAUGUGGACAGAGAUGCUAUGAUAAUAUUUCUUGCACAACAUUUAAUAUAUGCGGAUUAAAAAAAUGCCAAUUCUGAUUUUCACUUCUAUUACGAGAAACUUAGGAGGAAAUGUUAAUGCUAUAGCCUUUGUG